UCCGACUGUGGCUUACCUGUCUCCAGAGCGCUGGGACGCUCGUCCCCCACUGCUCAGCCAUGAGCAAGUUGGGUAAGUUCUUUAAAGGGACCCGCUCCUCCCGGGCCCGGGCGGCUCCCAGCGCCCAGGAAGCCCUGGCUCGCCUCCGGGAGACGGAGGAGAUGCUGGCCAAGAAGCAAGAGUACCUGGAGAACCGAAUCCAGAGGGAGCUCGCCUUAGCCAAGAAGCACGGCUCCCAGAACAAGCGAGCUGCCUUGCAGGCACUGAAAAGAAAGAAGAGGUUUGAGAAGCAGCUCACUCAGGUGGAUGGCACCCUUUCCACCAUCGAGUUCCAGCGAGAAGCGCUGGAGAACUCGCACACCAACACGGAGGUCUUACGGAACAUGGGCUUCGCAGCCAAGGCCAUGAAAGCGGUUCAUGACAACAUGGACCUCAACAAAAUUGAUGACUUGAUGCAAGAUAUCACAGAGCAGCAGGACAUUGCCCAGGAAAUCUCAGAAGCAUUUUCUCAAAGGGUUCAGUUUGCCGAUGGCUUCGAUGAGGCUGAGCUUCUGGCAGAGCUUGAGGAAUUGGAGCAGGAGGAAUUAAAUAAGAAGAUGACAAGCCUGGAGCUUCCAAAUGUGCCGUCCUCGUCCCUCCCAGCACAGCCCAGUAGGAAAGCCAGCAUGCCCUCCUCCGUGCACCGGUCUCGAGCAGCAUCUUCCAGGAGGGCAGAGGAAGAUGAUGACUUCAAACAACUAGCAGCUUGGGCCACUUAAAAGCUACAAUGGAAAACACUUGACACCUAAAUUAUUGAACUACAUAUAAGACAUAAAUGCUUUUGCAAAGCUUAGAAAUUAGCAGAGACCUGUUUUAUAUGAAUUAUUGUCUUUUAAGUAACAGUUAAGGGAUAGUCAGAGAUGGAAAGGGGCCCGUAGCAUUAUAGGAGACCCUUCCGGAUUGAUGUUGGUGGGGCUCGUCUGCCUGCUUUGUUACUGUGUUUCUAGAUGUAGUUGUUGUUUUUUGUAUAUAUACAUUGAAAGCAAAGUGAAUUUUACUGACAUUUCAUACAUAUUCCAGUUUAUACACCAUCCCGAGGAAUACCUGGGUAACUGGGGGGGGGGGGGGGAAUGUCUAUGCAAAUACGAGGCAGCUGUGUGCAUCCAGGUCAUGCAGAGUAAAAAUAAAUACAUGGCUAGAACAGACUUGUUCUAGUGAGUCUAUGUAUUCAGAGUUUCAGUUGAGUUUCACAGCUGAGAAUCUUUAGGGAGCUUUACUCUAAUUGAUGUUUAUUAUGCCGGUUGAGCUUUGAGUGGAGCAAUGGAUGAAUCUCCCGAAAUACCUGAAAGCAGUAACAGCGUAGUGUGCUGAGCGGUGCUCCCGGGGGUGUGGUUAGCCACUCAGGGAGCUGAGUGAGCACUUGUGGGCGGUGCUCCCCAGGGUGUGGUCAGGAAGCUGAGUGAGCACUUGGGGGCGGUGCUCCAGGGGGUGUGGUCAGGAAGCUGAGUGAGCACUUGGGAGUGGUGCUCCCGGGGGUGUGGUCAGGAAGCUGAGUGAGCUCUUGGGGGCGGUGUUCCCGGGGGUGUGGUCAGGAAGCUGAGUGAACACUUGGGGGCUGUUCCCAACACUGCUUAUUCUCUUCUGCUUUCUGUUCUCUUGCACUUUAAAAGAAACAAAACAAAACAAAAUCCAAACACUUCACAGCUUGCACUUUGUAAGUAUAUUAAAAUACUGGCAAUUAGAAAUAUAUCUUGAGUAAAAUUUUGCCCAUGAUUAUCUUUAAAUGAAAAUAAAUGAUAAAAUUAGGUGUC